UUAUCUCAGCGAGUGUGUGUACAGAGCGUGUCUGGUCCAUACCCUCCCACUCCGCAGCCGGUGUCUACUUGGGAAGGGUCAAACGCGGAAGUUUACACCCAGAACGCUGCCACCGCGAAGAUGAGGAUUGCGAUGACAUUCAGUCUGUAGCGCGGCAAGCGAAGUUGAAAUCGGUGAGGAAUACUGGAGCUACUGCCGCUGAACUGGAUUAAACUUCUAUGGCAAGUUUAGCGAGUGCGGAGCGACGGGCUUUUGCGCUGAAGAUCAACAGACACUCGUCUGCUGAGAUCCGUAAACACUUCAGCAUCGGUCAUGGUUCCUCCCAGCACAGUCGUCAGAGCUCCAGCGCAUCCGCGUCCAUGUGCUUCACCGUGCCCCAGUCGUAUGACGCGGUGGAGCCCUUGGACCUGGAAGAGUUCCUGAUGACCCAGCUGCGUAGCGGAGACGCCAGCCUCAUGGCCAAGAUGGGCGAGUUCCCCGACGACGACCUGGAGGUGGAGCUGGUGGAGAGGGAGUGCCGCACGGUCCGACACUCCGUCCCGGAGGAGGGGUCAGAGCUGGAGCCUCAUGUUCGAGAUUGUGUCCAGAGUUACACCCAGCCCUGGCUGGUGGUCAGCAGAAGGUGCCAAGGCGACGGCUGGAAUGCCUAUUCUGAGAGGGAAGGACUACAUAAAAGCCUACAAAAGCAGACGUUUGAGUCAGAUGUCCAGCCGGAGAAACAAGAAACCCCAGUGAAGUCCCCCUCCCUCGCCGUGCUGAGUGAUGACCCCAGCCACACCCUGACCUCCUCUGACUUUGACCUGCGGAAGGGUUUGACCCCUGACCCCAGGGUGGAGGGGCUCCUGUGCUUCAGUAACCCCGACGACCUGGACAGGUACAAUCAGGAGGCCCGUCGGGGGCUCAGACAUCCCGAGCUCUUUGCACUUUACCCCCCGACCGAUGAGGAAGAUGCCGUGGAGAUCCGCCCUAUCCCCGACUGUCCCAAGGAGCACAUGGGAGACAGGAUUCUCAUUCGCUGCCUUGCUAUCAAGUUUGAGAUCGACAUUGAGCCCGUCUUUGCUACUUUGGCCCUGUAUGACCUGAAGGAGAAAAAGAAAAUAUCGGAGAACUUCUACUGCGACCUUAACUCGGACCAGUUCAAAGGUUUCCUGAAACCCCACACGCCACACAUGGACCCAUCCAGCCAAGCCAGAGCUGCUAUCUUCUCUAUCACGUACCCCUCCCCAGAUAUCUACCUGGUCAUCAAGAUAGAGAAGGUCCUGCAGCAGGGUGAGAUCAGUGAGUGUGCUGAACCCUACAUGGUCAUGAAGGAGAGUGACACCGCGAAGAAUAAGGACAAGCUGGAGAAGCUGCGUGGCCAAUCGGAGACCUUCUGCCAGAAACUGGGUCGCUACCGCAUGCCGUUUGCCUGGGCCACGGUCAACAUCAUGAACGUCAUCAGUACUGCCACGCUCGACCGAGACACCACUGACUCAGACAGCAUCAACGGUGGUAAGUCCAGCAGUAUGGACAGGAAAGGUCAGCUUCCCAGGAGAAAUUCGGAACGUUUCAGCACCAUGGAGGAUCAGUGUAACAUGUCUGCCUUCAAACCCGCUACCAUCACCAUCAGCACCAUCUGCAAGCAGGAGGGGGACCGUCUAAGCGACGAGGACCUGUUCAAGGUUCUGGCGGACAUCAAGAAGCUGUCGUCCCUGCAAAGGAGGAUCAAGACCAUGUCAGGUACAAUCAAGCUGGACUUGACACCGGUUCAGGACAGCCCCAUUGCUUGUCUGUCCUCUGAGCUAAUCCCAGUCAAACCAUUGGCCGAGAAGAACAUUCGGCCAAUUAAAGAGGUGCUGGAGUUCCCCCCCAACGAGGUGUAUGUUCCACACAGUAUGUACAGGAACCUUCUCUAUGUCUACCCCCAGAGGCUCAACUUUGUCAACAGGCUGACAUCGGCACGAAACAUCACCAUCAAGAUCCAGUUCAUGAGUGGAGAAGACCCUGGCGGUGUGCUCAAUGUCAUUUUUGGGAAGUCGAGCGGUCCGGAAUUUGUUCAAGAGGUCUACACCCCAGUUACCUACCAUAACAAGUCCCCAGACUUCUACGAGGAGGUGAAGAUAGCCCUGCCGGCUCGUCUGACAGACAGACACCACCUGCUCUUCACCUUCUACCACAUCAGCUGCCAGCAGAAACAGAGCCAGGCUGGCACCAGCGAAAACCUCAUCGGCUACUCUUGGUUGCCUAUCCUGUGCAACGACAGACUUCAGACUGGACAGUACUGCCUGCCCAUAGCUCUGGACCGACUGCCCGUCAAUUACUCUCUACACUCACCUGAGAAAAUCCCUCAGCAGGUUCCCCCCGUGAAGUGGAUGGAGGGACACAAAGGAGUGUACAACCUGGAGGUGCAGGCAGUGUCGUCUGUUCACACCCAGGACAGCCACCUGGAGCGCUUCUUCACCCUCUGCCACGCCCUGGGGGGCGGGGCCUCCUUCCCCCUGCGCGUGCGAGACGAGAAGAUCCCCGAGAACAAGCUGGAGCACGAGCUAAAGCUCAGCAUCGUGUCGCUGUCCUCCUCCCGGCUGGAGCCCUUGGUGCUCUACCUCCACCUGGUGCUGGACAAGCUCUUCACCCUCAUCAUGCAGCCCAUGCUCAUCGCCGGACAGACGGCCAACCUGGCCCAGAUAGCAUUUGAGUCUGUGGUCUCAAUCGUCAACAGUCUUCACAACAGCCAGGAGCUAGCCAGAGACCAUCAGGGCAGGAACUGUCUCCUAGCAACCUACCUGUACUGGGUGUUUCGGCUCCCCGACGCUCCCAAUGAGGGCUACAGUACAGGCGCGGCGGGGGUGCCGCCCCCCACCGAGGGCCGCUACAGCACCAUGGGGCGGGCGUCUGCCACCACGGUGGGGACCAUGCUGCUGCAGUCCAGGCUCCGCAGCAGCAGCAACCCAGACAUCCCCACACCUCACCCUGCUGACGACCCCGAGGUGAAGGACAUCCUCUUAGCCAAGAGCCACAACCACCCCGGCAGUCGCAUGUCCACCUAUGUGGAUGUGACCAGCCACCCCCAGAGCUCCGCAGGAGGGACCAGACCCUCCAACAGGAAGCAGUUCCACGAGGAGCUGGCUCUACAGAUGGUGGUCAGCACCGGGGUGUGUCGAGAGAACGCAUACAAGUACGCCUGGUUCUUCUUCGAAGUUCUGGUUAAGAGCAUGGCCCAGCACGCGUCCCAGCUCGAGAAACGGGACGUCCCGCGCCGAAGUCGCUUCUCGGACCGCUUCAAAGACGACAUCACCACCAUCGUCUCCGUGGUGACCGCGGAGAUCGGGACCAUACUGGUCAAGCAGCAAAAGGAGCUGGAGCAGGCCGAGAAGGUGAACGUAAGCCUGGCGUUCUUUCUAUACGACCUGUUGUCUCUCAUGGACCGAGGCUUCGUGUUCCAGCUGGUCAGGAACUACUGUAACCAGAUGUCCGCCAAGAGCGUUUCCAUGCCGACGUUGAUCAGCAUGCGAUUGGAGUUCCUGCGCAUCCUGUGCAGCCACGAGCACUACCUCAGCCUCAGCCUGUUCUUCAGUAGCCCCGCCUCCGCGCCCGCCUCCCCCUGUCCAUCCGUCUCCUCACAGACCUCCAGUUCUUGCAGCUUCCAGGAGCCGAGGAUCCUGGGAAUGUUUGAGCUGUCUCAGGACUUUAAGCAGCAGCACUUCCUAACUGGUCUGCUGCUGACCGAGCUCAACGCCGCCCUGGACAUGGAGUCAGAGGGGGGUAAGGUUCAGAAGAAGGCCAUCAAUGCCACCUGCAGUCUGCUGUGUGCCCACGACCUGGACCAGCGCUGUGUCUCCCCAGAGGUCAAGGCCAAAGUGGCCGCCCUCUACCUCCCCCUGGUGGGCAUCAUCAUAGAUUCCAUCAACUACCUGGACUUCACAGUAUCGGAUUCCCGCGGGGGCAAGAGCAAGACGGACGACGACCUCGAAAACGUCACUCCCAUCAAUCAGUCCGUCGCCAUGGCGAUCGCCGGGAACCCCUUCAACACCUUGGCGAGGAAUGCUCUUGUUUCCAUGGCAUCGGUGUCUCAUAAGUCUGUGGCCAGUCUGUCAGCAGACACGAGCAGGCACCUGCUGGUGUGCUUCCUGUGGGUGAUGAAGAACACAGAGAGCAGCCUGAUCCAGCGCUGGGCCCUGGACAUGCCGCCCUCCCAGCUCAACAGGCUGCUGGAGCUGCUCAUCAUCUGCGUGUCCUGCUUCGAGUACAGAGGGAAGCAGAGCAGUGACAAGGUGAGCACCCAGGCUCUCCAGAAGUCCCAGCAGGCCAAGCUGCUGCUGGAGAACUCUCUUCUCAGGGGGAUCGGAGCUCGGGGGGAGAUGAUGAGGAGGGUCGGAGGAAAUGACAGGACCAUGGGUCAAAGGGAGAACUUGCGCUGGAGGAAAGAUCAGACCCAGUGGAGGCAGACCAACGACAAACAUGACAAGACCAAGGCAGAGCUGGACCAAGAGGCUAUAAUCAGCGGGAAUCUGGCCACAGAGGCGAACCUCAUUGUACUGGACCUGCUAGAGACCAUUGUCCAGGCCAUCCCCUUGUCGGACUAUAAGGACAGUGUGAUAGGCGGUGUAUUGAGGGUGUUGCUCCACUGUCUCUCCUGUACCCAGAGCACCACCUUCCUGUCUCACUGCUUCAGCACCCUGCGAGCUCUGGUUGUCAAGUUCGGAGAGCUGAUGUUCGAGGAGGAGGCCGAGCAGUGUGCCGACCUGUGUCAGAAGGUGCUGCAGUACUGCAGCAGCCCAGUAGACGGCAACAGGAGUCAGGCCUGCGCCACCCUCUACCUCAUCAUGAGAUACAGCUACAGCUCGGCCAGUAACUUCUCCCGGGUGAAGAUGCAGGUGACCAUGUCCCUGGCCUCGCUGGUGGGCAAGUCGUCCGAUUUCCACGAGGAACACCUGCGCCGGUCACUCCGCACCAUCCUGGCCUACGCAGAGGAGGACGUCGAGAUGCAGAACACACAGCUGCCUCCGCAGGUGGAUGAGCUGCUUAGGAACCUAAACAGUAUCCUGUCAGACACUGUGAAGAUGAGAGAGUUCCAGGAGGACCCCGAAAUGCUGAUGGACCUCAUGUACAGAAUAGCAAAGGGCUACCAGACCUCUCCUGACCUGCGUCUGACCUGGCUGCAGAACAUGGCGGAGAAACACAACAACAGGAAGUGCUUCACGGAGUCGGCCAUGUGUCUGGUGCACGCCGCCGCGCUGGUGGCCGAGUACCUCAGCAUGCUGGAGGACCACAAGUACCUCCCCGUGGGGAGCGUCACCUUCCAGAACAUCUCCCCCAACGCGCUGGAGGAGUCUGCGGUGUCGGACGACAUCCUGUCUCCAGACGAGGACGGGGUGUGUUCAGGACGCUACUUCACAGAGAGCGGCCUGGUGGGACUGCUGGAGCAGGCAGCCGAGCUGUUCAGCAACGGUUGUCUGUACGAGGCAGUGAAUGAGGUGUAUAAGAUCAUCCUACCGAUUCUAGAGGCAGACAGAAACUUCCGUAAACUCUCCUCCACCCACGACAAGCUGCAGCAAGCCUUUGACAACAUCAUCCAGAAGGGUCAUAAGAGGAUGUUCGGGACCUACUUCCGCGUGGGAUUCUACGGGGCCAAGUUCGGUGACCUGGAUGAGAGGGAGUUUGUCUACAAGGAGCCUGCGAUCACACAUCUGCCCGAGAUAUCCCAUAGACUGGAGAAUUUCUACAGCCAGUGCUUUGGAGAUGCCCUGGAGAUGAUCAAAGACUCAACACCAGUGGACAAGAACAAGCUCAACUCUAACAAGGCCUAUAUCCAGAUCACCUACGUGGAGCCCUUCUUCGACGACUACGAGAUGAAGGACCGCCUGACCAACUUCGAGAAAAACUUCAACCUGCGCCGCUUCAUGUACACCACGCCCUUCACCAAGAGCGGGCGGCCCCGCGGCGAGCUCAGCGAGCAGUACAAGAGGAAGACCAUCCUGACCACCUCCCACGCCUUCCCCUACGUCAAGACGCGCAUCAACGUCAUCCAGAAAGAGGAGUUUGACCUGACGCCCAUCGAGGUGGCCAUCGAGGACAUGCAGAAGAAGACCAGGGAACUGGCCGUGGCCACACACCGGGAACAGCCCGACGCCAAGAUGCUGCAGAUGCUCCUCCAGGGCGCCGUGGGCGCCACCGUCAACCAGGGGCCGUUGGAGGUGGCCCAGGUCUUUCUGAAUGAAAUCCCGGCGGACCCGAAGCUGUUCCGUCACCACAACAAACUGCGCCUCUGUUUCAAAGAGUUCAUCAUGAGGUGUGGCGAGGCUGUGGAGAAGAACAAACACCUGAUCACGUCUGACCAGAAGGAGUACCAGCAGGAGCUGAAGAAGAACUACAACCGUCUCAGGGAGAACCUCCGGCCCAUGCUGGAGAGGAAGAUCCCAGAGCUGUACAAGCCCAUCAUCAAACCACGCCUGGAGAACAGGGAUUCCAUCAAACGGCUGAGUUUCCGUCGAAACCUAGAGGAGAACUCCUGAGACACAGUCCCGUCUCACAGAAUGCUACAGAGGCAAAAGGGAUGGAGUCACAGAAGUAGAGAGCAGGAGAGACGAAAGAUCGAAGGUGGUGUAAGAAGCCUCAUGCUCUGUGGACCACACGACAGACAGCUCACAAUCAUGUUGAAGCCAACAGUCCAACAUUGGAUGAUUGCAUCUGUUUUUUUGUUUUUUUUUGUUUGUUUUUUUCCCCAAGCACAAAAGAGUCCCCAGAACCACAGCAAUGACUUAAUGAGGGUGCUAAUUCACCUUCCUUCCUGUGUUCUCAUUCAUGUUAACCAGUCUAUUGAGCUGUAUGGUUACUGUUAACAGGCCCAUUCAUGAGGCUGCACACUGCUGUGGACUUGUGGUCCUUGCAGGCACAGGGACUAUAUCAUGCGCCAGUAUUGUGUAUGGACAGUCUCUCUCUCUCUCCCUCUCUCUUAAUUGUGUGUUUGUGUGUGUGCACGCAUUCUUGAGUGUUCUGAGAAAAGGAGCAAUGACUAUAAGAAAGCCGGCUUGUUGAAUGGUUGAAUGAUUGUGUCCUGUGCUACCGUCUCUUGAGUGUGUGUGUGUGCCUGUCAGAGCAGCAAUGCAAGUCCACAGUAGUCUACUCUCAGACACUGUAAUGACACAGUUGAUUACAUGAUGUCCUGUUAACUUGAGGCUAACUUGGUAUCUCUGUCAGGCAGCCUUGGCUGUGUAGAUACUAAUAGAGAUAGAGGUUAAUUUAUUAUGAGGUUUUUUAUAUGAGCUGAAAUACAAAAAGAGUCAUGGUACAUACCUUAGUUGAGAAAUGCAUCUGGCAUGUGUAAAUUUACAUCAGUUUAAGAGACAGUCAUUACUAAAUUAAAAAGAGAAUGUUUACAAAGUCAAGAGAAAUUAUUUUGUGAUUUUUUUUAAUAGAAUAUAUUUUAGAUAAUAUAUCAACGUAGCUGGCAAUAAUCAAAAUGUUUCCAUUUUUAGGUGUUAGUCACAUUGUGAACACAUUAUCAACUCAAGUAACACAGUAGAAUGCAUAUGCUGUGCCAAACUUAUACAAUUUCAUAUUAUGUUAAUAUUAUGUUUACUUUCAUUUCACACAUCAGUAACUCUUCUGUUUAGUUAAAUCAAUGUGUAGACGUCACAUUCCUUGUAAAACUAACAGAAAAUAUAAUUGCAUUGUCAACUUAGUCACAUUUUAUUCCUUUGACGUUCUGUUACAAACUAUUGGUGUACAUCUCUGUGGUUGGAAUCUGUAGUUUUAUAUUGCUAACAGUGUACAGUGAACUUGGGUAACUCAACUCAAGUUAUUAUUUUUUGUAAGGGCCAUAUUUGUAUUAAAAUCUAGACGUUCCUUGCCAUUCUCAGUGUAGACAUUCUUUGCCAUUCUCCAAAUGUUUGUUUUGAAGCAAUUACACUUAUGUGCACUUGUUUUGGUGGUUGUUUUUGCUGCUUGGCUAGCCUGAUUAUAUUGAUAAUAUCUGUUCUGAAAAUCAAUUUGUCUCAAUAAAAUUGAAAUUACUGAU